CCCCCACGCCCCUGCGGCUUUGUCUCUCUCGCGAGACUCGGCUCGCGCCCCCCGGAAGCGGUGGAUGCGGAUCCCGGAAGCGGCGGCGGAACCCGGAAGCGGCGGCGGGACAGGAUGGACGACACGCUCUUCCAGCUGAAGUUCACAGCAAAGCAGCUGGAGAAACUCUCCAAGAAAGCUGAGAAGGACUCCAAGGCUGAGCAAGCCAAGGUCAAAAAGGCCCUGCAGCAGAAGAACGUGGAAUGUGCCCGGGUCUAUGCUGAGAACGCCAUCCGGAAGAAGAAUGAGGGGCUCAAUUGGCUCCGGAUGGCAUCCAGGGUGGAUGCCGUGGCCUCCAAGGUGCAGACAGCCGUCACCAUGAAGGGGGUGACAAAGAACAUGGCUCAGGUGACCAAGGCCUUGGACAAGGCCCUGAGCUCCAUGGACCUGCAGAAGGUGUCAGCAGUGAUGGACAAAUUCGAGCAGCAGGUGCAGAACUUGGAUGUUCACACGUCGGUAAUGGAGGACUCCAUGAGCUCUGCCACCACGCUGAGCACGCCACAGGAGCAGGUGGACAGUUUGAUUGUGCAGAUCGCCGAGGAGAAUGGGCUGGAGAUCAUGGACCAGCUGAGCCAGCUGCCAGAGGGGGCCUCGGCCGUUGGGGAGAGCUCUGUGCGCUCCCAGGAGGACCAGCUGUCUCGGAGGUUGGCUGCCCUUCGGAACUGAGGCUCCGGCGGCCCCUGCCGACGGCAUCGCUGGAACGGCCGCGGGGGGAGGGGCCGGGACCCCCUUCCGCCACCGUCCCCAGCCCCCCCUGCCUCGAGACUGUUCCUCUGGGGGUGACAGCCCUUCCCCGGGCAGGUGCCGAUCCCGGCAGGGCUGAGGAAUGCUUUGCUGGGGCUGAUUUUAGGGGGGUUUAAGUUGGGGCGUGCUGCUGGUGCUUGGCAGUGCCCCAUGUCCUGCUGCUGAUGGAACACUAAGGGGACUCUCCUGGUCUCGGGGUGCUGCUCCUCAACUCCUCUGAUGUUCCCUGUUCUGGGGCUGCGCUGUGGGUUCACCGGGAGCUAUUAGGGAGGAGCAGGGAGAUUCCCUGUGGGAAGAGCCCUAUGCUUGGCUGUGGGUCUGGGGAGGUCAGUGCCUUGCAGGAAGGGGCGGUGACACCAUGGAAUCCGUUCCCUCCCAGUCACUGUCCCCAUAUCCCACCAGGCCGACCCCCCCCAGCCCCAUACCACGAAGUGCCCUUUGGAGCACCCUUCCUGCCCAGCCCUGUGCGUGUCAAUCCACACACUCCCCAGCCACUGCCAGCUGGAAAUGAUUAUCCUGGCCCUGACCUCCAGUUUGGACCAGUGAGGAUACAUGUCCAGCACUGGGAGCAGAUUGCAGCAGCUGUGGUGGCUGCAGACACGUCCCCAAAUGUCCCCCCCGCCCAGUGGGUGUGACCAGGAAUGCUGAACCAUCCCAGAGCAGUUCUGCCUCGUUCCCUGUGCCUCAUUCCUGGAUAUCUGCUGUCCCCUCCAGCUGCUGGCACUGGGCUGGGAGUGGGGGCUGCUCCCCGUGUGCCCUCUUGCUGCUCAUCCCCCUUCACCUUCCCCUGGGGCUGGAGGUGUUUGUGCCCCUCUCAUGUGACCCCUGGUCACAGAGCUGCUGGAUUGCUGGAAGCUCUCCAGGAAGGAAGCGCUGUUUCCUUUGGCUCUUGCAGGAGGAACUUUGACCUCUGGGUGGGGAGGGGGCCUCGGGGGCUACAGGGUCACCUCCCCGGCACUCAAAGCACAAACACUUCCAGCUGCUCUGAUUAUUUUUCCUGAGUUGAAUGGCCUUGGCAGCGUGUGGCUGGUGACACGGAGCCUUCCUCUGUGCCAAGGAGGAGGAGGGGGUGGCUUUGGUCUAUGCCAGAGCAUUUGGAUCUUGUGUCACCUCUUGAUGGGCUGAGCAGGAAGCAGGGGGACCCCAGAGAUUUGUGCCUAGCUCUUGCCCCUCUGCACAGUGUUCCUGUGGGGCUGGGGGCCCUGGACCUGCUCCUUCCCCCCUGGGCUCUGUCUCCGUGGUUUCCUUGGUGAUUUUUUUUUUAAGCUUGUCUCAUUUGCCUUCUUUUUCCCCAAACCGUGCCCCUCCCCUCUCGUGGAUUUAAAUAAACAAUCCCUGGACUCC